CCCCGGUGAUGUCAGCGUGCUCUGCAGUUGUGUGGCUGGGUCCCGGAUUUGUGUGUCUCCUCCGGAGAGUACGGUGCUGAGAUCUCCAUCUGCCGGUCCCCUCACCCGGAGCCGCCAUGUGGAUGUGCGGAGAUGAGUCGCGGGGGAGGCUCCUCGCCCUGUGCUGUGUACAGAUCAUGAUCUCGUUGUGUCUGGCUGAUGACCACUGUGAUGACAAAAGUUGUUCAGCCACAAACUGGGUCAACCUGUGGUAUGUCUGGCUGAUUCUGGUCACCAUAUUUCUUCUCCUGCUUUGUGGGACCACAGCCAGCUGCAUAAAGUUUUGCUGCAAAAAGAAGAAACCGCCUGCGCAAAAUUUAUCAACUCAUCCCUAUGAAGUGACUGUGAUCGCCAUCGACAAUGACAGCACCAUUCACAGCACCAUUCACAGCACCGUCACCUCUUACAGCUCGGUGCAGUAUCCUCACAUGUUUGCAUUUGGUGAUAUGGACAGAAGUGCAAUGUCUCCUCCAGCUUACAGCCUCUAUGCUCUAGAGCUCCCUCCAGCCUAUGAAGAAGCAAUAAAAAUGGCUAAGCCUAGUGGAGAUGUUGGUCCCUCUGUUGCUGGCCCAAAGCUAGAGGACAUCAGUGAACACGAUGGACCUGAAGAGGACCAAGAUCAGCAGCAAGCAUCAUCAAAUGACACGGACUCACCACCUCACUAUGAUGAGGCUGAAAUUACCCAACCCCAGGUCCACUGAUGACUAACUAUAGACCAGAAGCCUGUGCUUCCCGGGGCUUGGCAUGCAAUCUUCAAGGAUCAAGUUCUGCUACAGAUGCCAGGGAGCAAGAGCCCACCUAAUCUUGUCUGUAGUGCUGUGACCUACAUAUAAGGCUGGAACUUUGUGAGCAAUGUGGCCCCAUGCUAGCCAGCAUCAUGUGAACAGAAUAUUAAUACCCGCCACGUGUUCAGGGCAGACCUGGCGUCUCCAUCUCUGCAAACUGAUAGUGGACGGUCUUCCCCUGUGUUGCAAACACUCCUGGAAUCACCCUCUGCCAUAGAUGCAGACUAGCUGUUUGGAUUGUCCACAAUGGGUGUAAAUCAUAUGCAAACUUUUUUUUUUUUUUUUUU